AUGGAAUACGAGCAUCGAUAUGGGCAGGUUCAGAGAUCAAAAUAUGAUUGUCUUCUAUUUAAUCUUGAUGAUACUCUUUAUCCCCUCAGUGCUGGCCUGGCUACAUCAGUUCUUAAGAACAUUCAAGAUUAUAUGGUCGAAAAGCUUGGCAUAGAAGAGAGCAAAUCAAUGACUUGUGUAAUCUACUGUACAAGAAUUAUGGUACUACAAUGGCAGGCCUUAGAUGUCUUGUGCAUUGACAAUUCAGGAGUAAGUUUUACUGGGAGUGGUAGAUGCAGCAGCCAAAGCAGCAUUGGUAGUAUUAACGGAUGUUUUUCGGGUAGCAUGAGUGAAGACAAUGAGGGGGAUGAUUAUGAUAAUGGGUGCUUGGAUGAUUGGGAGACUGUGGUUGAUGCCUUGAUGAUGCUUUUCGUCCUUGGGGCCUGCCUGGCCUUCCCUUUCCGCCGGAGCUUCAUGGGCGUUGCCCCGGUCCCCAAUCAGAUGUUUGGAUGUGAGCUAUACUGUACGCCUUCAAUCUCCUUAAAACUCUCAGAGUCCAAGUCCUUUAGAAGAAGAGGAGCCAAAGGUUUUUAG